AUGAACAACAACAACGCUGCCAGCAUUGACUUCACCGCAAGACUCUUGCAAGAAAUGAUGGCAAUGAGAUCCGAAAUCAGCCAACAAGGCGUACAACUGAACGUCUUGAAUGAUGGAUUUCGACAGCAAUUCAUGUCGCCAUUGGAAGACACAGGCAGCGAUUUGGCAACAAGAAGCAUCCUGGAUCCCACUUACAGAAGCCAAGUACUAUCACUACGGCCCAACUGA